AUGUCCUGCAACGCCGGCGGCAGCAAUCUCUCCGGCAACGACCUCGUGGACUGGCUGGACGUCCUGCCGUUCUACGCCUUCGACUUCCAGGCGGAGACUUCCCGGCCGCCGCCCGGCGGGAGUGGCUCGCCGGGCGCCGCGCCCCACAGCAGCAGCAGCAGCAGCUCGAGCGGCACCCCCGACGCCUUCACCUGGGAACGCGACGCCGCGUGCGUCCCGCUCUCCGUGCAGCUGGGGGCGGGCGCGGGGCCCGGCGAGCCGCUCCCCCUCUGCAGGCCGAGCACCGCCCUGCAGCUGCGGGGCCCGCGGAGCCCGACGGGGCGCGUCACGGCAACGCUGCAUCGCUCGAACAGCGUCGACGUCUACGGCCGCGUCGUCACCCGCCACUCGAUCACCUCCCACCCGCGGCCGGGGCUGCGGGUGGAGAUCCCGGAGGAUAACCCGGAGGAGUACCACCUCGAGCUCGCGACGCUGCUGCAGCAAAAGCAGAGCGGGCGCAACAGCCUGCGCGGCCCUGAAGUAGUGCUCUCCGCCGGCAACUGCGGCGGGGGCGAGGAGGGCAGCGGCAGCCGGUCCCAGUCCGUCACGCUGCUUUUGCCCCCAUCCAUCACCCACACACGCGGCUCCCUCGGCGCGGAGGACGCGUUGCCGAGCGACCCCCCGCUGGGCACCUCCCGGCAACUACUCGGCGCGGAGUCGAGGGAAAAGUACCAGCCCUGUACGACUCCCUCCCAUCGCGACAGCCCCGACGCACGAGCGCUGGCGGCAAAAGCAGUGAAGACGAGCUCCUACUCUGUCGCUCCCGUGGUAAGGGUGAGGGGCGUAGCUGAGAGGAAACGAGUUGCUGGAGGCGCCCGACCACGGCACGAAAAGCCGCAUAACGGCAACUCCACUAUAAAUACUUCUAGGAAGGGGAAGGAAAACCCCCCGCAGGGAAGCUGUAUUUCCAGACUUUUCUGUAUGUCAUAA